CGAAUGGCCGUUGGGCUGGCGCGGUGACCGAGGGCGCGGGCGGGAGGAGGGGCGGGGCUGCGGGAGCUGUCGCAGUGAGCGGCGCUGGCGGCGUGCGGUGCUGCGCGGCUCUGCACGGCGGAGCUCCUCGGGAGGGACGGGGCGGAAAAGUCCCCCCGAGCGGCUCGAUGCGCUUAGAUCCAUGCUGAGCGAUGGGUGGGCGGGAGAGCGGAGCUGCCCGUGUGAGCGGCGGGCUGCCCCGUGCCGCCUCCUGAUGUAACGGCGCCCGUCGGCGCUGACGGCAGCGGGGCUGCGCUCGCUGUCACUCGGAGCGGUCGGAGGGAAAUGCCGCAGCAUGAACCCACCGCCUAAACGGACGGGAUCGCGCCUGCCCGGCACCUCUCCGUGAGCCGAGUCUGGAAGCCGCCGUCCGGCGUCCGCCCCGGGAUGCGCUCCCCGCCGCCUUCAUGCCGGGCGGGGGGACCCUGAGCCGCCGCCCCGCGAACCUUUCGGGCAGCGCCGCCGCCCCGCCCCGCAGCGCCCGCCCGCCCGCAGGACCUCCGGGCAGCGGCGGAGCCCCGCGGCUCAUCGCGCCCCGCACCCACCCACGUGCGGCCCCGUGAAGGCGUCCGCGGCGCCGCGUCUCUGAGCCCUUCGCUGCGGUGGUGGCGGCGGAGGCUCCCACCCGUCGGCCGCGAUCCGCCGCCCCAUGGUGCUGCCGCGGAAGCUGCCGGGGAUGCCGGGCUGGCCGGCGGCGUUGGGGCUGCGGCUGCCGCAGAAGUUCCUUUUCCUGCUCUUCCUCUCCGGCCUGCUCACGCUGUGUUUCGGGGCCCUUUUCCUCCUGCCUGACUCUUCUCGUUUCAAACGCCUCUUCCUGCCUCGCCGGGCCACCUCUUCAUCCUCCUCAUCAUCAUCGUCGUCGUCGUCGUCCACGCGGGACACCGAGCUGCCCCGCAGCCCGCCCGCCGCCGCCGAGCCCCGCCACGCCAGCCCCGCCGCCCCGCGUCGCCUUCGGGAGAAGCUCCGAGCCCGCAACGCAGCCCCAGCGGCACACACGGCCCCGGCAUCCCGCCCGCAGGGACCCGAUGGCGAACGCCCGGCCGAGGUCGGCACCGGGGCUCCCCGCGAGUCGAGAGCUCCGUUCCAAUUCGACUACGAGCGGUUCCGUCAAAGCCUUCGGCACCCGGUGCGGGGCGGGCGGCCCGACCAGGACCCCGACAUCCGAGCCCGGAAGAUGAAGAUCAAAGAGAUGAUGAAAUUCGCUUGGGAUAACUACAAGCAGUAUGCACUGGGAAAGAAUGAGCUGCGACCGCUGACUAAGAAUGGCCACAUUGGUAACAUGUUUGGAGGACUUCGAGGAGCUACGGUGGUAGAUGCCUUAGAUACUCUGUACAUCAUGGAACUGGAGGAGGAAUUCCAAGAAGCAAAAGCAUGGGUGGAGAAGAGUUUUGACUUGAAUGUGAAUGGAGAAGCAUCCUUGUUCGAGGUGAACAUCCGCUACAUUGGAGGACUGCUGGCUGCGUACUACUUAACUGGAGAAGAGGUGUUCAAGAGUAAAGCUCUGGAACUCGGAGAGAAACUUUUGCCAGCUUUUAACACUCCCACUGGUAUCCCACGUGGCGUCAUAAAUCUGGGCAGCGGCAUGAGUUGGAGUUGGGGUUGGGCAUCUGCCGGAAGCAGCAUCUUAGCAGAAUUUGGUACCUUGCACUUAGAAUUCCUGCACCUCACCGAGCUCUCUGGCAACCCAGUGUUUGCAGAAAAGGUGCUCAACAUCCGUAAAGUCCUGAAAAGAGUGGAGAAGCCACAGGGCCUUUAUCCCAACUUUCUCAGCCCAGUGACGGGGAAUUGGGUGCAGCACCAUGUCUCUAUUGGAGGGCUCGGAGACAGCUUUUAUGAGUAUCUCAUCAAAUCGUGGCUGAUGUCAGACAAGAAGGACUCUGAAGCAAAAAAGAUGUAUGAUGAUGCACUAGAGGCAAUAGAAAAGCAUUUGGUCAAAAAAUCUGCGGGAGGAUUGACCUACAUCGCUGAAUGGAGGGGCGGCAUCUUGGACCACAAAAUGGGGCACCUGGCUUGCUUCUCUGGGGGCAUGAUAGCACUGGGAGCUGAACAUGGUGGAGAAGAGAGGAAGCAGCACUACAUGGAUCUUGCUGCAGAAAUAACAAACACAUGUCAUGAGUCUUAUGUGCGCUCAGAUACCAAACUUGGCCCUGAAGCCUUUCGUUUUGAUGCUGGAACUGAAGCCAUGGCAACCAGACUCAGCGAGCGCUACUACAUCCUGCGCCCAGAAGUGGUGGAGAGCUACGUGUACAUGUGGAGGCUGACACACGAUGUCAAGUACAGGCAGUGGGGCUGGGAGGUCGUGAAGGCUCUGGAAAAACACUGCAGAGUAGAGGCUGGCUUUUCUGGCAUCCGAGAUGUUUACACCACGGUCCCAACCCAUGACAACAUGCAACAGAGUUUUUUCCUUGCAGAGACUCUGAAGUACCUCUAUCUUCUGUUCUGUGAAGAUGACGUGCUGUCUCUGGAUGACUGGGUGUUCAACACAGAGGCUCACCCCCUGCCAGUCAACCACUCAAACUUUAAAGCUAAAGCCAGCGUGCAAUAGUGAGGCCAUUGCCCAGCACCCUGCUCCCACAACAUCGGCAGGUUACUGCAUUUCCUUUCCAUUAAAGGAAUUUGUGUUGUUCCUGAAAUGGUAUUUUGGGGCACUAGUCCAAUUCCGGACAGUAUUCUAUUGGGAAGAUGAAACCAUGACGUAAGCACCUUAUUUUCCUCUGUGAGGAGCUCUAAUAGCCUGAUAAUGAGAUGUUUAUUCUGGGCCAUACUGAACACAGUUCAUAGACAUUCCUUUCUACAGAGAAUUUAUAUGAAAUCCACUGACUUUGCUUUAUAGUGGCCAAAGGACUGGAAGUUUUCCAUAAGAUAGACUUCCCCACAACACACACACGCUCCUCCUUUCAUUUUUUCUGUUUCAUUUCUGCCUUUUAUAUACCGUUGGAUUUAUCACCUUUCUAAUUAACAGUUUUCAAUAUACCGUGCUUUCUAAGUGGUGUCAAAACUGUAACUAAAGCAAAACCCGUCAGCAAAAUUCUUUAUCCUAAUGUAUUUUUAUAUUCUUUUUUUUUUUUUCUGUGUUCUUAAAACACACUUACCACACGUCAUAUCUCAUUUAACUUUCCAUUAUCAUUUUUGUGCUUUUCUACUUUUAUUUAGAACUAAAUGUAACGAAUCACUUGUAAUAAUUCCACUGCUGUAAUAGUCAAAUCUGUGAAAUGGAAUAUAAGUCUUGUAAAAUAAAAAGCAUUUCUGGGUUGAUCCUACUUUAAAGCCAUAUGCCAAAGACUUGUUACAUUGUGCUUGUUGAGAUGACUGACAAUACUUGCUGGUUUCAGGAAUGUUUCUCAAGAUAUUUUGAUUUCCAGUGUUAUCUAGCCAGAAUAUGGACAGCAGUUCCCAUCUGCACCACGCUUUUAAAUUGCUUGUUCACUGUCUGAUAUAAGUUAGCAGGAGUUCUACUGGAUACCUUAUUUUCUAGCAAAAAAAAAAUAAAUGAUCUCCGGGUAAGUUUGCUUCUGGAACGAAGUAAUAGGAGAAAAAGUAAGUAAAAAAUUGAAGCCAGAUUGUUCUGCAUGUCCCUGCUGUUCACCAUGUGUGUCUUCAGUGUGACUCUGAGCAGAAGAUGGCUGUGCAGAGUCCCUGGCAGUCGUGGAGCCCUUGCUUAGCAGUAUGGGUUAGCAGUAUGGGGCUGGGUGUGGGAUGCUGCUCCUGCCUGUCUUUCCUCUGGCCCCUGCAAAGCUGCACAGCCCUCAGAAGUUGGAGCAUUUUCUCCCGUUUGAAGUUGCUUGGAGCAAGUUGUGGAAACGAAAAAUGUGUUUUGAAAUCCAUGGUUGUGAAUUGCCCAGGAGAAAUAAGGUUAUCAAAUAUGGAGUUAUCUCUGUUCCUUGGGUAAUACUGUGGACUGACAAGCUUGGCCUAGAGGAAUUGUUAUUGGUAAAUAAACAUCUUGGGAAUUAA